CCUGUCCGUUAGCCACCCAGUUUCAGCUCCGUUGUAAUGUCAGGUCGUUCGCGCAGCGCACGCUGUGGCUCCAACGCCUGGGCUGGGAAAACACACACCAACUUCGGAGAAGGGCACGAAAGCUAGAAGCCCCUCACCUCCCUUCAGCGCACAGUGGACCGAGGAGGUGGCGGAGGCCGACCGUUCGGUUGUGUGCAUUUUGGAAAGAGCUCCAAGCAUGAAGAUGGGAGGGGCUCUUCUUUUAUUGGAUUUUAUUUUUUAAGGCGCGUUCACCGAGAGCCUUGCCAUUUUGCAUAGAAUCAAUUGGGCGACGCUUUGGUUUUGCAUGGAGUACAAUGGAGCUUUCUGGAUUCUAGAAGCGUUCCAUAAGGGCUAAGCCCGCCGCUCUCCAAGGCAGAGGAGAAGGCUCGCUCCUCCGGGGACCCCAGCAGCCGCGCCGCACUGGAAGCGGUUCUCUUGGGCCGCUCAAGUCCCUGCGCGUCCCGGGAACGUGUGUAAUCGGCCUCUCGGCUCUCUCGGCUGCGGGCCACCCGCUCCCUCCGCCUCCAUCCUCCUGCUGCCCUCGCCCCCUCCCCCCUCUCCCCGGAACCCGCCUCCGCUCCGGGCUCCAGGGCUUCCUUCCCCCCCUCAUCUUCCCUGGCGCUGCCGCUCCCGGAGGGCGGGGCAUGCACUUAUCCAGGUUGCCGGGCGGGAGGAGCCGGGCCCGGGGCUCGGCAUAGAGCAGUGGCCUCCGGGCGGCGGAGGCGGAGGCCAGGAGCCCAUAUGCAGAUUGCAGGGCAGGCGAGCGCCACCCGGCGCUCGGCAUAGCAGGCCGCGGGGUACGGGCAGCGGGGCGGCGCCAGGCGGGUUAGGCAGGUUCCGGGGCCCGCCGCUCCCCCCCCUCCGCCUCCCCGCCCCCCUGUGUUGUCGCCUCUCCCUCUCGCUGCUUCACUUACGGGGCGAACAUGGCGCACAGCUGUCGGUGGCGCUUCCCCGCCCGACCCGGGACCACCGGGGGCGGCGGCGGCGGGGGGCGCCGGGGCCUAGGGGGCGCCCCGCGGCAACGCGUCCCGGCCUUGCUGCUCCCCGGCCCCCCGGCCGGCGGUGGCGGCCCAGGGCGCCCCCCCCCGGCGGUGGCGGCGGCGGCGGCGGCGGGAAGCAGCGGGGCUGGGGUUCGGGGAGCGGCCGCCGCCUCAGCAGCCUCUUCGUCGUCCGCCUCGUCUUCGUCUUCGUCAUCGUCCUCAGCCUCCUCAGGGCCGGCCCUGCUCCGGGUGGGCCCGGGCUUCGACGCGGCGCUGCAGGUCUCGGCCGCCAUCGGCACCAACCUGCGCCGGUUCCGGGCAGUGUUUGGGGAGAGCGGCGGGGGAGGCGGCAGCGGAGAGGAUGAGCAGUUCUUAGGUUUUGGCUCAGAUGAAGAAGUCAGAGUGCGAAGCCCCACCAGGUCUCCUUCAGUUAAAGCUAGUCCUCGAAAACCUCGCGGGAGACCUAGAAGUGGCUCUGACCGAAAUCCAGCUAUCCUCUCAGACCCAUCUGUGUUUUCCCCUCUAAAUAAAUCAGAGACCAAAUCUACAGAUAAAAUCAAGAAGAAGGAUUCUAAGAGCAUAGAAAAGAAGAGAGGAAGACCUCCCACCUUCCCUGGGGUGAAGAUCAAAAUCACACAUGGAAAGGACAUUGCAGAGUUAACACAAGGAAGCAAAGAGGACAGCCUGAAAAAGGUUAAACGGGCCCCUUCUGCUAUGCUCCAGCAAGCCACAAAGAUUAAAAAGUUAAGAGCAGGUAAACUGUCUCCUCUCAAGUCUAAGUUUAAGACAGGGAAGCUCCAGAUAGGAAGGAAGGGGGUACAGAUUGUAAGACGGCGAGGAAGGCCUCCAUCCACGGAAAGGAUAAAGACCCCUUCAGGCCUUCUCAUUAAUUCUGAACUGGAAAAGCCUCAGAAGGUCCGGAAAGACAAGGAAGGAACACCCCCACUCACAAAGGAAGAUAAGACAGUUGUCAGACAAAGCCCUCGAAGGAUUAAGCCGGUCAGGAUUAUUCCUUCCUCUAAAAGGACAGAUGCCACAAUUGCUAAGCAGCUCCUGCAGAGGGCCAAGAAGGGGGCGCAGAAGAAAAUCGAGAAGGAGGCAGCGCAGCUGCAGGGAAGGAAGGUGAAGACACAGGUCAAGAAUAUCCGGCAGUUCAUCAUGCCUGUGGUCAGCGCCAUCUCCUCGAGGAUCAUCAAGACUCCCCGACGGUUCAUAGAGGAUGAGGAUUAUGACCCUCCAAUUAAAAUUGCACGACUAGAAUCUACACCCAACAGUAGGUUCAGCGCCACAUCCUGCGGAUCUUCCGAAAAGUCCAGUGCAGCUUCCCAGCACUCCUCUCAGAUGUCUUCAGACUCCUCCCGAUCUAGCAGUCCCAGUAUCGAUACCACCUCAGAUUCCCAGGCCUCCGAAGAGAUCCAGGCACUUCCCGAGGAGCGGAGUAAUACCCCCGAAGUUCAUACCCCACUGCCUAUUUCCCAGUCCCCAGAAAAUGAAAGUAAUGACAGGAGAGGCAGGCGGUAUUCGAUGUCUGAGAGAAGCUUUGGAUCUAGAACAACUAAAAAAUUACCAACUCUACAAAGUGCCCCACAGCAGCAGACCUCCUCCUCGCCACCUCCACCUCUGCUUACUCCUCCCCCUCCACUGCAGCCAGCCUCCGGCAUCUCUGACCACACGCCUUGGCUCAUGCCUCCCACCAUCCCCUUAGCAUCACCAUUCCUGCCUGCUUCUGCUGCUCCCAUGCAAGGGAAGCGGAAAUCUAUUUUGCGGGAGCCAACAUUUAGGUGGACUUCUUUAAAGCAUUCGAGGUCAGAGCCACAGUACUUUUCCUCAGCAAAGUAUGCCAAAGAAGGUCUGAUUCGCAAACCAAUAUUUGAUAACUUCCGACCCCCUCCACUGACUCCCGAGGAUGUCGGCUUCGCUUCUGGUUUUUCUGCAUCUGGUUCUGCAGCUUCGGCCCGGUUGUUCUCACCACUCCAUUCUGGAACAAGGUUUGAUAUUCAUAAGAGGAGCCCCAUUCUGAGAGCUCCCAGAUUUACUCCAAGUGAGGCACACUCUAGAAUAUUUGAGUCUGUGACCUUGCCUAGUAAUCGAACUUCUUCUGGAGCGUCCUCUUCGGGAGUAUCUAAUAGAAAAAGGAAAAGGAAAGUGUUUAGUCCGAUUCGGUCUGAACCAAGAUCACCUUCUCACUCCAUGAGGACAAGAAGCGGAAGGCUUAGCACCUCUGAGCUGUCACCUCUCACUCCCCCGUCUUCUGUCUCCUCCUCAUUAAGCAUUCCCGUUAGUCCUCUUGCCGCUAGUGCCUUAAACCCAACUUUUACUUUUCCUUCUCACUCCCUAACUCAGUCUGGGGAAUCGACAGAGAAAAGUCAGAGAGCAAGGAAGCAGACUAGCGCUCCGGCAGAGCCGUUUUCAUCAAACAGCCCUGCUCUCUUCCCGUGGUUCACCCCAGGCUCUCAGACCGAGAAGGGGAGAAAGAAAGACACAGCCCCGGAGGAGCUGUCCAAAGAUCGCGAUGCUGACAAGAGCGUGGAGAAGGACAAGAGUAGAGAGAGAGACCGGGAGAGAGAGAAGGAGAAUAAGCGGGAGUCAAGGAAAGAGAAAAGGAAAAAGGGCUCAGACAUUCAGAGUAGCUCUGCUUUGUAUCCUGUGGGUCGGGUUUCCAAAGAGAAGGUUGCUGGAGAAGAUGUUGGCACUUCAUCUUCUGCCAAAAAAGCAACAGGGCGGAAGAAGUCUUCAUCACUUGAUUCUGGGGCUGAUAUUGCUCCUGUGACUCUUGGGGACACAACAGCUGUCAAAGCCAAAAUUCUUAUAAAGAAAGGGAGAGGAAAUCUGGAAAAAAACAACUUGGAUCUCGGCCCAACUGCCCCAUCCCUGGAGAAGGAGAAAACCCUCUGCCUUUCCACUCCUUCACCUAGCACUGUUAAACAUUCCACUUCCUCCAUAGGCUCCAUGUUGGCUCAGGCAGACAAGCUUCCAAUGACUGACAAGAGGGUUGCCAGCCUCCUAAAAAAGGCCAAAGCCCAGCUCUGCAAGAUAGAGAAGAGUAAGAGUCUCAAACAGACUGACCAGCCCAAAGCACAGGGUCAAGAAAGUGAUUCUUCAGAAACCUCUGUGCGAGGACCCCGGAUCAAACAUGUCUGCAGAAGAGCUGCUGUUGCCCUUGGCCGCAAGCGAGCUGUGUUUCCUGACGACAUGCCCACCUUGAGUGCCUUACCGUGGGAAGAACGAGAAAAAAUUUUGUCUUCCAUGGGGAAUGAUGACAAGUCAUCAAUUGCUGGCUCAGAAGAUGCUGAACCCCUUGCUCCACCCAUCAAACCGAUUAAGCCUGUCACCAGAAACAAGGCGCCGCAGGAGCCUCCGGUGAAGAAGGGGCGGCGGUCGAGGCGGUGUGGACAGUGCCCUGGCUGCCAGGUGCCUGAGGACUGUGGCAUCUGUACUAAUUGCUUGGACAAGCCCAAGUUCGGUGGCCGCAACAUAAAGAAGCAAUGCUGCAAGAUGAGAAAAUGUCAGAAUCUGCAGUGGAUGCCUUCCAAAGCCUACCUUCAGAAGCAGACUAAAGCUGUGAAAAAGAAAGAGAAAAAGUCUAAGGCCACUGAGAAGAAAGAGAGCAAAGAGAGCACUGUUGUGAAGAGCUCCUUGGAGUCUGCUCAGAAGGCUGCCCCGCCAGUGCGGGAGGAGCCUGCCCCAAAGAAGAGCAGCAGCGAGCCUCCACCCCGAAAGCCUGUGGAAGAAAAGACUGAAGAAGGGGGUGCCCCUGCCCCUGCCCCUGCUCCUGCGCCUGCGCCUGCACCUGCACCUGCACCUGCACCUGCACCUGCACCUGCACCUGCACCUGCACCUGAACCCAAACAGGCCAGCACUCCAGCAUCCCGGAAGUCCAGCAAGCAAGUCUCCCAGCCAGCAGCAGUCGUCCCCCCUCAGCCUCCAAGCACAGCACUGCAGAAAAAAGAAGCUCCCAAGGCCAUUCCAAGUGAGCCCAAGAAGAAGCAGCCUCCACCCCCAGAAUCAGGGCCAGAGCAAAGCAAGCAGAAAAAAGUGGCCCCCCGCCCAAGUAUCCCUGUAAAACAAAAACCAAAGGACAAGGAGAAGCCACCUCCAGUAAGUAAGCAAGAGAAUGCAGGCACUUUGAACAUCCUCAACCCACUCUUGAAUGGCAUCAGUUCCAAGCAGAAAAUCCCAGCAGAUGGAGUCCACAGGAUCAGGGUGGACUUUAAGGAAGACUGUGAAGCAGAAAAUGUGUGGGAGAUGGGAGGCUUAGGGAUCCUGACCUCUGUUCCCAUAACACCCAGAGUAGUGUGCUUUCUCUGUGCCAGUAGUGGGCAUGUAGAGUUUGUGUAUUGCCAAGUGUGUUGUGAACCCUUCCACAAGUUUUGCUUAGAGGAGAAUGAGCGCCCUCUGGAGGACCAGCUGGAAAACUGGUGUUGUCGCCGCUGCAAGUUCUGCCAUGUCUGUGGAAGACAGCAUCAGGCUACAAAGCAGCUGCUGGAAUGUAACAAGUGCCGAAACAGCUAUCACCCCGAGUGCCUGGGACCAAACUACCCCACCAAGCCCACGAAGAAAAAGAAAGUGUGGAUCUGCACCAAGUGUGUCCGCUGCAAGAGCUGUGGAUCCACGACUCCAGGCAAAGGGUGGGACGCACAGUGGUCUCACGAUUUUUCACUGUGCCAUGAUUGUGCCAAACUCUUUGCUAAAGGGAACUUCUGCCCUCUCUGUGACAAAUGCUACGAUGACGAUGACUACGAGAGCAAGAUGAUGCAGUGUGGGAAAUGCGAUCGGUGGGUCCACUCCAAGUGCGAGAGUCUCUCAGGUACAGAAGACGAGAUGUAUGAGAUUCUGUCUAACCUGCCGGAAAGCGUGGCUUACACGUGUGUGAACUGCACUGAGCGGCACCCUGCAGAGUGGAGACUGGCCCUGGAGAAGGAGCUGCAGGCAUCCCUCAAGCAGGUUCUCACAGCCCUGUUGAAUUCCCGGACUACCAGUCACUUGCUGCGGUACCGCCAGGCUGCCAAGCCUCCAGACUUAAACCCUGAGACCGAGGAGAGCAUACCUUCCCGGAGCUCCCCAGAAGGGCCAGAUCCUCCUGUCCUUACUGAGGUCAGCAAACAGGAUGAACAGCAGCCGUUAGACCUCGAGGGAGUCAAGAAGAAAAUGGACCAGGGCAACUAUGUAUCUGUGUUGGAGUUCAGCGACGAUAUUGUGAAGAUCAUUCAGGCAGCCAUUAAUUCCGAUGGAGGGCAGCCAGAGAUAAAAAAAGCCAACAGCAUGGUCAAGUCUUUCUUUAUUCGGCAAAUGGAGCGUGUUUUUCCGUGGUUCAGUGUCAAAAAGUCCAGAUUUUGGGAGCCAAAUAAAGUAUCAAACAACAGUGGGAUGUUACCCAACGCAGUGCUACCACCUUCACUUGACCAUAACUAUGCUCAGUGGCAGGAGCGAGAGGAGAGCAGCCACACCGAGCAGCCUCCUCUAAUGAAGAAAAUCAUUCCAGCUCCCAAACCCAAAGGACCCGGAGAGCCGGACUCGCCCACGCCGCUCCAUCCUCCUACACCCCCAAUCUUGAGUACUGACAGGAGUCGAGAAGACAGUCCAGAACUGCAUCCACCCCCAGGCAUAGAUGACAACCGACAGUGUGCGCUGUGUCUGAUGUAUGGUGAUGACAGUGCUAACGAUGCUGGCCGUCUGCUGUACAUUGGCCAAAAUGAGUGGACGCAUGUGAACUGUGCUUUGUGGUCAGCAGAGGUGUUUGAAGAUGAUGACGGCUCACUAAAGAACGUGCAUAUGGCUGUGAUUAGGGGCAAGCAGCUGAGAUGUGAAUUCUGCCAGAAGCCAGGAGCCACCGUGGGUUGCUGCCUCACAUCCUGCACCAGCAACUACCAUUUCAUGUGUUCCCGUGCCAAGAACUGUGUCUUUCUGGACGAUAAAAAAGUGUACUGUCAGCGGCAUCGGGAUUUGAUCAAAGGCGAGGUGGUCCCUGAGAAUGGAUUUGAAGUCUUCAGAAGAGUGUUUGUAGACUUCGAAGGAAUCAGCUUGCGCAGGAAGUUCCUCAACGGCUUGGAACCAGAAAGCGUCCACGUGAUGAUAGGCUCAAUGACGAUCGACUGUUUGGGGAUUCUGAAUGACCUCUCUGACUGUGAGGAUAAACUCUUUCCUAUUGGAUACCAGUGUUCUCGGGUAUACUGGAGCACCACAGAUGCCCGCAAGCGCUGCGUGUACACAUGCAAGAUCAUGGAGUGCCGGCCACCUGUCGUAGAGCCAGAUAUCAAUAGCACGGUUGAGCACGAUGACAAUAGGACCAUUGCCCAUAGCCCAUCAUCAUUUAUAGAAGCUUCAUGUAAGGACAGUCAGAGCACAGCUGCAAUUCUCAGUCCUCCAUCACCAGACCGGCCUCGCUCACAGGCCUCAAGCUCCUGCUAUUGCCAUGUCAUCUCAAAGGUCCCUAGGAUUCGAACACCCAGCUACUCCCCUACACAGAGGUCCCCUGGCUGCCGCCCAUUGCCUUCUGCAGGAAGUCCUACCCCAACCACUCACGAAAUUGUCACAGUCGGUGACCCUCUACUGUCCUCUGGUCUUCGGAGCAUUGGCUCUAGGCGUCACAGUACUUCUUCCUUGUCACCACUGCGGUCCAAGCUCCGGAUAAUGUCUCCAGUGAGAACUGGGAGUGUUUACUCCAGGAGUAGUGUUUCCUCAGUCCCCGGCCUUGGGACUGCUACAGAUCCCGAGUCCAGUGCCAAAGCAACGGAUCGUGCAGGGCCGCUGAAUUCAAGUGCUAAUCUAGGGCACAGCACUCCCGUCUCUUCAGGCUCACAGAGGACAGUGGUCACUGGAGGCUCCAAAACUAGUCAUCUGGACGGGUCGUCAUCCUCAGAUGUGAAGCGGUCUAGUGCUUCAGACUUGGCACCCAAAGGCUCCUCAUUAAAGGGAGAGAAAAACAGAACUCCAAGUUCCAAGAGCACAGAUGGAUCUGCACAUAACACAGCUUACUCUGGAAUUCCUAAACUGGCACCACAGGUUCUUAAUGCAGCUCCUGGGGAACUAAACGUUAGCAAAAUUGGCACUUUUGCCGAAGCCUCUACAGUGCCAUUUUCUAAAGAAACAGUCUCCUACCCACAGCUCCACUUAAGGGGACAAAGAAGUGACAGAGACCAGCACAUGGAUUCUACCCAGUCAGUAAAACCCUCUCCAAAUGAAGAUGGCGAAAUCAAAACCUUGAAGCUCCCUGGUGUGGGCCACAGGCCAUCCAUUCUGCAUGAACAUGUAGGGUCUAGUUCCAGAGAUAGGAGACAGAAAGGGAAAAAGUCUUCUAAAGAGACUUGCAAAGAAAAGCAUUCCAGUAAAUCCUUUUUGGAACCUGGUCAGGUGACAACUGGUGAGGAAGGAAACCUAAAGCCAGAGUUUGCUGAUGAGGUGUUGACUCCUGGGUUUCUUGGGCAACGGCCAUGUAAUAAUGUUUCAUCUGAUAAGACUGGGGAUAAAGUCCUUCCUCUUUCAGGAGUCCCUAAAGGUCAAUCCACACAAGUGGAAGGAUCUUCCAAGGAGUUACAGGCACCCCGGAAGUGCUCGGUCAAAGUGACACCUCUGAAAAUGGAAAGUGAGAAUCAGUCCAAAAACACCCAGAAAGAAAGCGGCCCUGGUUCCCCUGCACACAUGGAGUCAGCGUGUCCAGCAGAGCCAGCCUCAGCUUCCAGAAGUCCGGGAGCUGGCCCAGGGGUUCAACCAAGCCCCAACAAUACCUCAUCCCAAGAUCCUCAAAGCAACAACUAUCAGAAUCUUCCAGAACAGGACAGAAACCUGAUGAUUCCAGAUGGCCCCAAGCCUCAGGAGGAUGGCUCUUUCAAAAGGCGGUACCCCCGCCGCAGCGCGCGUGCGCGGUCUAACAUGUUCUUUGGGCUCACCCCACUCUAUGGAGUCAGGUCUUACGGUGAAGAAGACAUUCCAUUCUACAGCAGUUCCACUGGGAAGAAGCGAGGAAAGAGAUCAGCAGAAGGCCAGGUAGACGGGGCCGAUGACUUGAGCACUUCGGAUGAAGACGACUUAUACUAUUACAACUUCACCAGGACAGUGAUUUCUUCUGGUGGGGACGAGCGUCUGGCAUCCCAUAAUUUAUUUCGGGAGGAGGAACAAUGCGAUCUUCCAAAAAUUUCACAGUUGGAUGGUGUGGAUGACGGGACAGAGAGUGACACCAGUGUCACUGCCACAAGCAGGAAAAGCAGCCAGAUUCCAAAGAGAAAUGGGAAAGAAAAUGGAACCGAAAACUUAAAGAUUGAUCGGCCCGAAGAUGCUGGCGAGAAAGAGCAUGUCAUUAAGAGUGCUGUUGGCCACAAAAACGAGCCAAAGCUGGAUAACUGCCACUCUGUGAGCAGAGUGAAAGCGCAGGGCCAGGAUUCCCUGGAAGCUCAGCUCAGCUCCCUGGAGUCGAGCCGCAGGGUCCACACAAGUACCCCCUCAGACAAAAACUUACUGGACACCUACAACACCGAGCUCCUGAAGUCAGACUCUGACAAUAACAACAGCGACGACUGUGGAAACAUCCUGCCUUCAGACAUCAUGGACUUUGUACUAAAGAAUACUCCGUCUAUGCAGGCUCUGGGUGAGAGCCCGGAGUCCUCUUCCUCUGAGCUCUUGACUCUUGGUGAAGGACUGGGUCUCGACAGUAAUCGGGAAAAGGAUAUGGGUCUUUUUGAAGUGUUCUCUCAGCAGCUGCCAGCAACAGAGCCUGUGGACAGUAGUGUCUCCUCCUCCAUCUCAGCAGAGGAGCAGUUUGAGCUGCCUCUUGAGCUGCCGUCUGACCUCUCUGUCCUGACCACCCGCAGUCCCACCGUCCCCAGCCAGAAUCCCAGUAGACUGGCCGUAAUCUCAGAUUCAGGGGAGAAGCGAGUGACCAUCACAGAAAAGUCAGUCGCCUCUACCGAGGGCGACCCAGCCCUGCUGAGUCCGGGAGUAGACCCUGCUCCCGAAGGCCACAUGACUCCUGACCACUUCAUCCAAGGACACAUGGAUGCUGACCAUAUCUCCAGCCCUCCCUGUGGAUCAGUGGAACAAGGUCAUGGCAACAACCAGGAUUUAACUAGAAACAGUAGCACUCCUGGCCUUCAGGUACCUGUUUCCCCCACUGUUCCCAUCCAGAACCAGAAGUAUGUGCCCAAUUCUACUGAUAGCCCCGGCCCAUCUCAGAUCUCUAAUGCAGCUGUCCAGACCACUCCACCCCACCUGAAACCAGCCACUGAGAAACUUAUUGUUGUUAAUCAGAACAUGCAGCCACUUUAUGCUCAGACUCUUCCAAACGGAGUGACCCAAAAAAUCCAGUUGACCUCUCCUGUUAGUUCUACACCCAAUGUGAUGGAGACAAAUACCUCGGUAUUGGGGCCCAUGGGAAGUGGGCUCACCCUAACCACAGGACUAAAUCCAAGCUUGCCACCUUCUCAGUCUCUGUUCCCUCCUGCUAGCAAAGGACUGCUCUCCAUGCCUCAUCACCAGCACUUACAUUCCUUCCCUGCAGCUGCUCAAAGUAGUUUCCCACCCAACAUCAGCAGUCCUCCUUCAGGCCUACUUAUUGGGGUUCAGCCUCCUCCAGAUCCCCAGCUUUUGGGUUCAGAAGCCAACCAGAGGACAGACCUUACUACUACAGUGACCACUCCAUCCUCUGGACUCAAGAAAAGACCCAUAUCUCGUCUGCACACUCGAAAGAAUAAAAAACUUGCUCCCUCUAGUGCCCCUUCAAAUAUUGCCCCUUCUGAUGUGGUUUCUAACAUGACACUGAUUAACUUCACACCCUCCCAGCUUUCAAACCACCCCAGUCUGUUAGACUUGGGGUCACUUAACCCUUCAUCUCACCGAACUGUCCCCAACAUCAUUAAACGAUCUAAAUCUGGCAUCAUGUAUUUUGAACAGGCACCCCUGUUACCCCCACAGAGUGUGGGUGGAACCACUGCCACAGGGGCGGGCUCAUCAACGAUAAGCCAAGAUACUAGCCACCUCACGUCUGGGCCUGUGUCUGCCUUGGCAUCCGGUUCGUCCGUCCUGAAUGUGGUGUCCAUGCAAACUACAACAACCCCUACAAGUAGCACAUCAGUUCCAGGACAUGUCACCUUAGCCAACCAGAGGUUGCUUGGGACCCCAGAUAUUGGCUCAAUAAGUCAUCUUCUAAUCAAAGCCAGCCACCAGAGCCUGGGCAUUCAGGACCAGCCUGUGGCUUUACCACAAAGUUCAGGAAUGUUCCCCCAGCUGGGGACCUCACAGACUCCCUCUGCUGCUGCAAUGACAGCAGCAUCUAGUAUCUGCGUGCUCCCCUCUUCUCAGACUGCAGGCAUGACAGCUGCAUCCCCUCCCGGGGAGGCUGAAGAACACUAUAAGCUACAGCGAGUAAACCAGCUCCUAGCUGGCAAAACUGGUACCCUGUCUUUGCAGCGGGAUCGGGAUCCUGAUUCUGCUCCGGGGACCCAGCCAUCCAACUUCACCCAGACAGCAGAAGCUCCUAACGGUGUGAGGCUAGAGCAGAACAAGACUUUGCCCUCAGCUAAGCAAGCCAGCUCCACCUCUCCAGGGAGUUCCCCAUCCUCUGGACAGCAGUCAGGAAGUUCCUCAGUGCCAGGUCCCACUAAACCAAAACCAAAAGUCAAACGGAUUCAGCUGCCCCUAGACAAGGGGAGUGGUAAGAAGCACAAAGUUUCCCAUUUGCGGACCAGUUCUGAAGCACACAUUCCACACCGAGAAGCCAACCCAGCGCCCCAGCCCUCAGUUAAGCGGACUCCUAGGGCGGACAGGGAGCAGCAGGAUGCAGCUGGAGUGGAACAGCCAUCACAGAAGGAGUGUGGGCAGCCUGCAGGACCUGCGGCUGCUCUCCCAGAGAUCCAGGCAACACAGAAUCCAGCAAAUGAGCAAGAAAACGCAGAACCGAAAGCAAUGGAAGAAGAAGAGAGCAGUUUCAGCUCUCCUCUGAUGCUUUGGCUCCAGCAAGAACAAAAGAGAAAGGAAAGCAUUACUGAGAGGAAGCCCAAGAAAGGACUGGUUUUUGAGAUUUCGAGUGAUGACGGCUUUCAGAUCUGUGCGGAAAGUAUCGAAGAUGCCUGGAAGUCACUGACAGAUAAAGUCCAGGAAGCACGGUCAAACGCCCGCCUGAAGCAACUCUCAUUCGCAGGUGUGAACGGUUUGAGGAUGCUGGGGAUUCUCCACGAUGCGGUGGUGUUUCUGAUUGAGCAGCUGUCUGGUGCCAAGCACUGUCGGAAUUACAAAUUCCGUUUCCACAAACCAGAAGAGGCCAAUGAACCCCCCUUGAACCCUCACGGCUCAGCCAGGGCUGAAGUCCACCUGAGGAAGUCAGCAUUUGACAUGUUUAACUUCCUGGCUUCUAAACAUCGACAGCCCCCUGAGUACAACCCUAAUGACGAGGAAGAGGAAGAGGUGCAGCUGAAGUCCGCACGGAGGGCCACAAGCAUGGAUCUCCCGAUGCCCAUGCGGUUCCGGCACUUAAAAAAGACGUCUAAGGAGGCGGUUGGUGUCUACAGGUCUCCCAUCCACGGUCGGGGUCUUUUCUGUAAGAGAAACAUUGAUGCAGGAGAGAUGGUGAUUGAGUACGCCGGCAACGUCAUCCGCUCCAUCCAGACGGACAAGCGUGAGAAGUACUACGACAGCAAGGGCAUUGGUUGCUACAUGUUCCGAAUUGAUGACUCGGAGGUAGUGGAUGCCACCAUGCAUGGAAAUGCGGCACGCUUCAUCAAUCACUCUUGUGAGCCUAACUGCUACUCCCGGGUCAUCAAUAUUGAUGGGCAGAAGCACAUUGUCAUCUUCGCUAUGCGUAAGAUCUACCGGGGGGAGGAGCUCACCUAUGACUAUAAGUUCCCUAUUGAGGACGCCAGCAACAAGCUACCCUGCAACUGUGGCGCCAAAAAAUGCCGGAAGUUCCUGAACUAAAGCUGCUCAUCUUCCUGUGAUGGAGUACCAGGACCCCGGGCCACCUAAAGCCAUGCUGAAGGACAUCCCAGCACUCCAGAGCUCCAAGGAUUGAGCGGGCAGUCGAGGGUCCUCUGGCUGAGCACCCUAGUGUCCACAUGCACAUCAUGUGAUCAUAGUCUUGGAGAGAGAAGGGUCUCAAAGAGAAAAGUCCCCAGAUGGCUUUCUCCCGGGGCCUCUCUGAUUGUCGAAAGACCUGGGAAACUGGGUCCGGGAGAUUUGCCUGCAGGGAGCAUGCAGAGGGUUCCUUACAGUGGGCGAUGGGGUCUGAGCGUGUCCUCAGAGAGCAGUUUGUCACCCUCAUCUUAGCCCUCUCCCAAGCCCUAAGAGCGACGGGUCGGACAAGACCCCAGAUACAGGGUUGGUGGGAUCCCUGGUAGUUUGCCAGUUAGGCCAGGCCUGUGGCCAUCUGUUGAACAGACAGAUGGCCUGGUGGUUUUCCCUACUAUCUGCCCACUUAAGAGUUCGCUUUGGUUGGGAGACAGGUUUCCUAGCACCUCUGGUGUCAAAGGCUGUCUUGGGGUUGUGCCAAUUAAUUACCAAACAUUGAGCCUGUGGCUAUAAGUGGGAGCGUUACCCUGUGAGCCUUACCGUAGCCAGUGACCUUUCUUGAUGAUAGGAGCGGCUUCCUCUCCAUCCCUUCUCUUUACUCCCUUCUCCCCUCCUCCAUCCUUCAUCUGCUGCUUUCCCAUUCUUCUUUCUGGGUAGCGGGAGCUCACCUCCCUGCUCGAGGACACUCCUACUCGGUACAGGAAGUGCCUACAGAGAGUCCCCUCACCUGUAAGCCCUCCAGGUGGGGAAGUGGGCAGGAGCCAUUGGCCAUAGCCAGACGGAGAUUGGAGAUCUCAUAAAGCUCCAUUGAGAGUUUUAAAGAGACAUAUGUAGCAAGGUUUUUUUUUAACAAGAGGCUAAAGAAUAUUUAAAUAGGAUACAACAGCCAGAGUACAGUAGCCAGGAUAAACGCUGGCCCUUCCUAGGCCAAGCUUACUUCCUUUCCCCUUCUGAAGACAUAGGAAGAUGAAUUUCUAAAAGGUCAGUGUCCAACUGAAAGAACACUAAUCAGAUUUCAAGGCCCCAAACUUGGGGGACCCGACACACGUGCUGAGGGACCUCUGCCACCUGUGUGCAGCCCGUGGCUGAGCAAAGUUAAUGACACUACUGCCCUGAUUACUCCUUAGGAUGUGGAUAACCAGCAGCAAAUGUUUCUUUCUUCCCCCAAGACAAUGUCUUGAGCCUGUUAAAUUAAGUCAUUGGAUUUUCCUCUGUUCUGUUUACAGUUUACUAUUUAAGGUUUUAUAAAUGUAAAUAUAUUUUGUAUAUUUUUCUAUGCGAAGCACUUCAUAGGGAGAAGCACUUAUGACAAGGCUAUUUUUUAAACCGUGGUAUUAUCCUAAUUUAAAAGAAGAUCGGUUUUUAAUGACUUUUUAUUUUCAUAGGAUGAAGUUAGAGAAAAUAUUCAGCUGUCCACACAAAGUCUGGUUUUUCCUGCCCAGCUUCCCCCUGGAAAGUGUACUUUUUGUUGUUCCAUGUGUAGCUCGUUUGUGCCCAUUGACAUAAAUGUUCCUUGGGUCUGCUCUUUAUAGUAAUUGAGAAGGAAGGUCACCCGCUCCACUAGGCCACUGCCCUCCAUGGCCAAGGGAUGAGGGUACAGAACCCUGGCCCACCAGUUCCUCCUCUUUGCUGCAUUGCCCCUCUCCCUCUGGGUCGGCUCCAGAGCGCGAGCAGCAGGCUCCAUUCGCUCCCCUUUCUCUUUCUGAGUUAGCAACCAAGAAGCUGCAACUUGACCCUUGCCAUCUCUAUCUGCCUCACAGACCAACCAUCUCCUUUCCUUCUCUGCCCACCAAGUCCUUGUACCUACAAAGAACCCACUGACCGCCUCCUGCCCUCUCGGGGGCAGCCUGUUGAACCUGAAGCACAGUAUGACCACUCACGAUCAAGCAGAUCUCUGCGCCUGCCACAAGGUUUCAGGGUAGCGUAGUCCAGGUGGAGGGCAGGGCACCCUUUCUCUUAUGGAAGUCAGCAAAGCAAUAUGAUGCAGCCCAGAACUCUGCCAGGACUCGUGGCUCUGCUGUGCCUUCCAUUCUGGGCUCCCUUUCCUUCCGUGACCUUAAGAACUUUGUCUGGUGGCUUUGCUGGAACAUCGUCACUGUUUCCACUGUGGGAAGCCCAGCACUGUGGCCAGGAUGGCAGAGUCCCUUGUCAUCAUGGAGAAGUGCCAGCAGGGGACUGGGGAAAAGCACUCUACCCAGACCUCACCUCCCACCCUCCUUUUGCCCAUGAACAAGAUGCUGUGGCCCAAGGGGUUCCACUAGUGUCUGGUUUCCUUUCUUAUUGCACUGUGUGAGGUUUUUUUGUAAAUCCUUGUAUUCCUAUUUUUUUUUAUGAAAAAAAAAAUGUAAGCUGCAUUUGUUACUGAAUUGAUUAAUGCACUGAUGGGUCAUGCGUUCAUCUUGAGAGAGACCCAAAGGCCAGUCAGAGGGUGGGGGGAACUCAGCUAACAGACCUAGUUACUGCCCUGCUAGGCCAUGCUGUACUGUGAGCCCCCUCCUCAUCCUCUUUCUACAACCCCAAUCCCUGAGGAUGGGGGGAACCCACCUUUCCUCCUCCUCCAGCUGGUUUGCCUUGCCCGCCCACCCACUGUCAACCACAGAGAUGAGAAAUUCCUCUUUCAGCUCAGCCUUGAGUCCAUUGCCAAAAUUCAGCAUACCUGCCAGCAACUUGGGGGAUAAGCCAGAGUAUCCCCACAAGCGGGAGAGAAGGCAACAAAACAGAAGGCACAGCUGUCUCCAAAACACAUCUGCUUUGUUUUGAAAGUGACCAGGAGAACCUCUGCACAGAAGUGCAGGUUGAGGACUUUGCGCUGGGUCAUUCCCAAGAAUCCCCCAAGGGGCAACCCACAGCCCCAGGAGUGACAGCUGCGGACCUCAUAGGUUCUUGGAGAGCCGGCUCACCUCGGCUUUGCUGCUAGAACCUGUUGUGGCUGCAUUUCCUGGUGGCCAACGACAACUGUGUAACCAGAAUAGCUGCAUGGCACUGACCCUUUGGUCGGAACUUGGUCCCUGGGCUCCUUCAUUGCUGCCCACUAUGUCCAGCACAACCCCUCCCUGUUUUUAAACCAAUCGCAAUUAAGGAGGAAACCCUGGCACUUCUUAGGUUUUCAACCCAAACUCCUUUGCCAGGACCCAGCUCACCUCUGUCAUCCCCCGGCCAAUCCAAUAGGCACCGUGCAGCAACCUCGAUUUAGAAAAAAAAAAAAAAAAAAAAAAAAGAAAAAAAAAACUAAAAAUAACUUUAAAAAAAUAUACAACACACAUACAAAAAAAAAUCUCUUAAUGAAUGUAUCUUUCUAAAGGACUGACGCUCAAUCAAAUACCUGAAAAUACUAGAGGUCACAGCCUCAGAUGUUAACUUUUAUUGGAUUUGGGAUUCUUUUUCAUAGAAACCAAGUUGUUUUUUGUUGUUGUUGUUGUUGUUAUUGUUGUUGUUGUUUUUUAAGGAAAAGCGGGUCAUUGCAAAGGGCUGGGUGUAAUUUUACGUUUCCUUUCCUUCGUUUUAAAGCAAUACAAAGUUACUAAGCAGAUAGUUUUGUGCCGAAUCAUGAACACCAGUCAAGUCUCACACUCUGAAAACGUGCGGACCUUUUCGUUUGUUUGUUUGUUUUGGUUUUCAAAUAAAUAUAAAUAUAUAUAUAUAUAGGAACUAAUAUAGGAAUGCACCAUUGUAAUGAAGCCUAGUUCAGUCCACGGCUUUUACUUCUCUUAACACUAUAGAUAAGGAUCGUGUGACAGUCGCUAGUCAAGGCAGGGAAGUGUCAGGCUCCGGUGACGCUGGCACCGCACUUGGAUACCAGGCGCCCACGCAGAGCAGAGCUGGUGUCACCUGGGUUCUUCCUGCCUGUGAAUGUUGCCAGUCGGUACCUGUACUCCUCUCUACUUUUGGUUAUGAAUGUUGGGGUCACCACCUGCAUUUAGGGGGAAAUUGUGUUCUGUGCUUUCUGGUAUCUUGUUCCGAGGUACACUAGUUCUGUCUUUCAACCAAGAAAAAAAAAUAGACUUGUGGUUUUUUUUGUUUUGUUUUGUUUUGUUUUUUGUUUUCUUGAACUUUAACGGUCUCCUUAGCAAAUACAGGUAGUUGAGUAAUUGUUUCACGAGCUGAACAGUGACAAGCUUCAUUUCUAGAAUAAGACAUUUCUCUACAGCUGUGUCAUGUACAAUGGAUCUUCUGGGGUUUUUUUUUUUUUUUUUUUUUUGUUUUGUUCUGCUUCCUUUUUUUCCUUGUGUUCUUCCAAGCUUCUGGUUAGAGACAAAAUGGGGUGGGGGGGAAGGAAAAUAUGUCUAAAGUCCAUCAGUGUUAACUCCCUGAGACAGGGAUGAAGGAAAAUACUUUAAUAGUUCAAAAAAAAAAUAAUGCUGAAAGCUCUCUACGAAAGACUGAAUGUAAAAGUAAAAAGUGUACAUAAUUGUAAAAACAAAAAAGGAGUUUUUAAACAUGUUUAUUUUCUAUGCACUUUUUUUUAUUUAAGUGAUAGUUUAAUUAAUAAACAUGUCAAGUUUA